AUGUUGUUCUCAACAUCAGGGACCAGCAGCAGAUCCCAGAGCUGUUGGAUGCUGUGGAAAAGAUGAGAGCCUACAAGGAUAAACCACACUGUUAUACAACAGGGAUCUUUGCACAUGACAAGAUGGAUAAAAUCCUCCAACAACAGAAACACAUCACCACAUUGCAAGCUGAGCUGAAUGAACUGAAGACAAAGAGCACAGUCACUUGUGAUGAUGAGGAACAGAGCCCAGAGUGUCUCAGGAUUGUGCUGAUAGGGAAGACUGGCUGUGGGAAGAGUUCUUCAGGAAACACCAUCCUAGGAAGAGAUGAGUUCAGAGCUGAAUCAAGCCAAACAUCAGUCACCAAACACUGUCAGAAAGCAGUGGGUGAGGUGGACGGUCGUCCUGUUGUUGUGGUCGACACUCCUGGUCUGUUUGACACAACUUUGUCCCAUGAAGAGGUUAAUGAGGAGAUGGUGAAAUGCAUCAGUCCUCUGGCUCCAGGACCACAUGUCUUCCUGUUGGUGUUACAAAUCGGCAGAUUAACAUCAGAGGAGAAGGAGACAUUAAAACUCAUCAAGGAAGGCUUUGGGAACAAUGCUGAACAGUUCACCAUCAUUCUUUUAACUGGAGGAGAUGAACUGGAACAUGAGGAGAUGUCUAUUGAAGAAUACAUUGAAGAAACAUGUGAUGACUCCUUUAAGAAGCUGAUUGCUGACUGUGGAGGAAGAUACCAUGUGUUCAAUAACUAUGAUAAACACAACCACAAACAAGUCAGUGAGUUGAUAAUCAAGAUUGACACCAUGGUGAAGACAAAUGGAGGCAGCUGCUACACUAAUGAGAUGCUGCAAGAGGCCGAGGUGCCUGAGCUGAGGGUUGUUCUGCUGGGGAACAGCUGGUCUCAGAGGAGUUCAGUGGGGAACGUCAUACUGGGAGGGACUGUGUUCAACACUGAGGAAGAACCAGACUGCUGUCUGAGAGUCAGUGGACAGUUAGAGGAGAAAAAGAUAGCUAUCAUCAACACUCCAGAUCUGCUCCAUCCCAACAUCUCUGAAGACAAACUGUCAGAACAUGUAGAAAAGUGUGUGAGACUCUCUGAUCCUGGACCUCAUGUGUUCCUGCUGGUUCUACAGCCUGAAGACUUCACUGAGGAACACAAACUGAGACUCUGCAGAGUCCAGAAACGCUUCAGUGAUCAAUCAUUUGAUCAUUCAUUGAUACUGAUUUCAACACCCAGAAUUUACGUCAGUAAAAAAUACACUCAACAGCUGCCAUUAAAAGACAUGAUCAAAAAAUGUAGAUACAGAUACCUGAAGCAGAAGAACCUUGAACGUUCAGAGCUGUUAACACGAUUGGGUCAAAUUGUGAAAGAGAACAAUGGAGACCAUCUGAUCUGUGAUGUGUAUAAAGAUGCAGCACAGGAUCAGGAAAGCGUGAAACAAACGGAAGGAGUCAGUUUUAACUUGGAUCUACCAAAAGCUUCUGAGGCAAAAGCUCCCAGUGAAAACAUCCUGUCGCACCAGUCUCAUGAACCCAGGAUUGUGAUGUUUGGAAAAGGUGAAGACAAAAAGAAAACAGUAUGCAACUUUAUCAUCGGAAGCAAACAGUCGGCAUUUUACAAAAUAAACAUCAACAAGCAAUGUGAGGUAACCAGUGGAGAGUGGAGAGGAAAGUCUUUGAAAGUCGUGAAAACUCCAGACAUGUUCAGUCUGUCUGUGGAAGCCUUUAGAGAAGAGAUGAGAAGCUGUGUGACUCUUUCUCUCCCUGGACCAAAUGUUUUGCUGCUGUUAGUGAAACCUUCUGAGUUCAGUGAGAAGAACAGACAAACACUGAAGUUCAUCCUGAGUCUGUUUGGUCAAGAUGCCUUCAAACACUCGAUGGUCAUCAGCACACAUGAGGAGAGUAAAGCAAGCCCUGCUUUCAGUCAGCUCCUUAAAGACUGUGGAGGAAGACACUACAACAUGUUGGAAGAUAACCACAGACUGUUAAUGGAGAAGAUUGAGAACAUUGUGAAUGAAAACAAAGAAACCUUCCUCACCUUCACUGAAGAGCCCAUCAGACCAAAGUCUGAACCCAUCAGAGCAGCUUUAAACCUGGUCCUGUGUGGGAGGAGAGGAGCAGGGAAGACUACAGCAGCCAAGGCCAUUUUAGGUCAAACAGAGCUUCAUUCAGUCUCCAGCUCAUCAGAGUGUGUUAAACAUCAGGGAGAGGUGUGUGGACGUUGGGUUUCCCUGGUGGAGCUGCCUGCCUUGUAUGGAAAACCUCAGGAGGCAGUGAUGGAGGAAUCAUUCAGGUGUAUCUCCCUCUGUGAUCCUGAGGGCGUCCAUGCCUUCAUCCUGGUCCUACCUGUGGGUCCCCUCACUGAUGAAGACAAGGGAGAGUUAGAGACCAUCAGGAACACAUUCAGCUCUCAAGUCAAUGACUUCACCUUGAUCCUGUUCACUGUGGAAUCAGAUCCUACAGCAACAACUAUUGUUAACUUUAUAAAAAAAAAAAAAGACAUCCAGGAGCUCAGUCAGAGCUGUGGAGGAAGAUAUGUUGUUCUCAACAUCAGGGACCAGCAGCAGAUCCCAGAGCUGUUGGAUGCUGUGGAAAAAAAUUGCCAAUCUAAAAAGAAACCAUCCUGCUAUACAACAGAAACAUUUGCACAUGCACAAAUGGAAAAGGUCAUUCAACAAGAGAAACUUCUCAACAUGCAACAAGGUGAACUUAAGAGACUGAGAGAGCUCAAUAUCACGUGUGAUGAAGAGGAGCAGAGCCCAGAGUGUCUCAGGAUUGUGCUGAUAGGGAAGACUGGCUGUGGGAAGAGUUCUUCAGGAAACACCAUCCUAGGAAGAAAAAAGUUUAAAGCCAAAUCAAGCCAAACAUCAGUCACCAAACACUGUCAGAAAGCAGUGGGUGAGGUGGACGGUCGUCCUGUUGCUGUGGUCGACACUCCUGGUCUGUUUGACACAACUUUGUCCCAUGAAGAGGUUAAUGAGGAGAUGGUGAAAUGCAUCAGUCAUCUGGCUCCAGGACCACAUGUCUUCCUGUUGGUGUUACAAAUCGGCAGAUUAACAUCAGAGGAGAAGGAGACAUUAAAACUCAUCAAGGAAGGCUUUGGGAACAAUGCUGAACAGUUCACCAUCAUUCUUUUCACCAGAGGAGAUUCACUGGAACAUGAGGAGAUGUCUAUUGAAGAAUACAUUGAAAAAGAAUGUGAUGAUUCCUUUAAGAAGCUGAUUGCUGACUGUGGAGGAAGAUACCAUGUGUUCAAUAACUAUGAUAAACACAACCACAAACAAGUCAGUGAGUUGAUAAUCAAGAUUGACACCAUGGUGAAGACAAAUGGAGGCAGCUGCUACACUAAUGAGAUGCUGCAAGAGGCCGAGGAAGCUAUAAAGAAAGAAGUGCAGAGGAUCCUGAAGGAGAAGGAAGAAGAGAUGAAGAAGGAGAGGGAGGAGCUGAGAAGAAAAUAUGAGGAAGAAAUGGAAGCAAUGAAGAGAAGAAUGGAAGAGCAGAGAGCAGAAACUGAAAAGGAGAGAAAACAGAAAGAAAAACAACUUGAAGAAAUGCAGAAAAACAUCAACAAAGAACGUGAGGAGAGAAAGAAAGAACAGGAAAUGAGAGAAGAAGAAGACAGGAAGAGAAAACAACAGGAAGAAUUACAACAACAAGAGUGGGAACAAAAAGUUGAAGCUUUGGAGCAACAAAUAAGAUCAGAGUCGGAAUCAAAGGAAACUAUUGACAGAAAGCUGGAGGAGAGCAGAGAGGUGAUGAGGAAAGAACGAGAGAACUGGGAGAGAAAACAAAAAGAAUGGUGGGAGAAACGAGAUCAAGAAGAUGAACAGAGACAAAAGGAGGAGCAAGCAAGACGAAAAAAGCUUAAAGAAGAAUACGACCAGGAGAAAGAAAAAUAUGAAAACAAAACAAAAGCUGAUAAAAUGAGAAGGGAGCAGGAGGAGAAGAAGUGGAAAGAGUUGGAGGAAAACUAUAAGACAAAACUGGAGGAAAUGAAGAAUAAGUACGAGGAGGAGGCCAGAAAUAAAGCUGAAGAGUUCAAUGAAUUCAGAGAGACAAAAAAGAAGGACUUUGCAGCUAUGAUCAAAGAACACAUGAAAGAAGUCGAGGAUCUGAAGGAACAGCAGAAGAAAGACAUGCAAAAGAAGCAAGAGGAAUACGACAGGUUGAACGAUCUCUCAACCCACAAAGAAAAAAGUCUGAAACAAAAUAUCGAUGAGCUACAGGACAAACACAAACAAGCAAUGGCCGACUUGAUACUGAUACUUCUGACCCAAAAAGAAGAAAACAGAAAACAAAUUAAUGCAAUGCAGGAAGCACACAAAAAAGAGGAGGAGAACCUUAAAAAAGAUCUUUUAACCCAAAACAAAAGAAAAGAGAAAGAACAAAUGGAAAAACUGAAGAAAAAACAGAAUCAAGAAAUGAAAGCCCUGGACAAGGAAGUUUCAACCCAAACCAAAGACGAUAAGCACGUAAGACGGGAGACGAUGUCCAUCCAACAUGAGCAACAAAUUAUUGAUCUGAAAAAAGAAUUGUUGACCCAACAGCAACAAAACCAGAAGGAACAGCUGAACAAAUUACAGAAAGAACAUGAGCAAAAAUUGGAUGAAUUCAAACAGAAACUUCUGGAAGAAAAUAAAAGAAAUGAGAGAGAAAAAAUUGAUGAACUGCAGAAAAAACAUGAUGAAGAGAUGAAUGAGGCAAAACAGCAGCUGAUGACCGAAGAUGAAGACAGUGAGAGAGAAGAAAUAGAGGCACUGCAGAAAAAACACGAAAAAGAAAUGAAUGAGCUGAAAGAAAAACUUUUGACCAUAGAGAACACUGCUGGGGGAUGGUGUUCAAUACUGUGAGACACUGUAUGUUGUGUCCCAACAGCAGCCCAGUUUCAACUGUUGUCUGUUUGUAUUAACCAUUUUUAUCUUUACCUACAUGGAUUGGGUUGUCUUCAGCUGUCCUGUUUUUUGUGUCUUGACUCCUGUUGUCUCAGUUAUUUACACUUAGCAGCUGUACAGUAGCACUAGUCGAACAGAUUUGUUUUGUACACUUCUGGUUCCAAACUGGGGUUGUUGUUUUUUUUUCUUUUUUUAACAUUCAUAAUUUUUUAAUGUCCACUGCAGUCGAUUGAGAUAUUUCAACCUCUGCAGUCUGAAUGCUGGAGAAUUAGAGCAUUUCAUUCGAACAAGAUGGAUUUAGGAGCUGUGUCCACCGAAGCAGUUUUUCCCAGCUGAAAAAGUCAAGUGCUCCUCAGGAAACACCCAGCUGGGAGCGUUUGAGAGCGCUUUGGAAACAACAUAUUUUUUUAGCUGAGACGUUUUGGUUGAUAUGGGACACUAGGCAAAUUAAAAUGUAGGCACAAGGUAGAGUGCUUACUCUGGAAGAAGGGAAGGCUGAAGCAUGUAGUGAGAAAUGACUGACCCACUGGUCUAUGUGGGUUCAUGAGAGGAAACAGUAAUAUACAGCCUACAGUAUAUAAACAUAUGUCUCCUCCCUUGUUGUUGUUCAGUACUUGUACAUGUAAGAUGUGAAGGUUGGUCUCUGUGGUAUUUGUCUCACCCCUCCUCCGCUGUGAUUGGACAGCUGGAUAAAAAGGGACAGUGACAAGCAGGGUAUUUUACCCAAAGUUGAACAUUUUGUAACUCUUGGUGCUGAAACAAAUGGCAAAUGGGCAGCGCUCAGUGCAGAACAGACAUUCAGCGCCUCGUCAUUCUGCUGGCGUUUGUAGCGUAGCGUAAAUACACGGCACUCCCAUUGCAAAGAAUUAAAGCACAUACAUGGGGUCAAGGAAAAAUGCUUUGUUGGACAUGGGGCCUUAAGGUUACUCCAACAUUACUGAUUGUAAAUAGAAAAUGUUGAAGCCUUCUUAUUUAAAAAAUGUUUCACAACUGAAAAUUUCCCAGUGGACAUGUUUGUAUGUUCAGUGUUGAUGACCAGGACAUAUCCUAUAUUUGUUCCUUUUUCUCCAUGUUCUCAUUACAUUCAUUAAUACUUUGUACAUUUAUAUUUUUUCAUUGUUUGUACAUAACUUGUUCUCUACCUGUUUUUAUAUCUCGUUGUUUGCGCCUUAUGUUAGGUUCUUUUUGUUUGGCACCGGGGACGAGGGAAAUACAGUUUUGUUCCUCCUUGUACUGUACUGCGCUGUAUAUACAGUAGACAACACAUUCUCACUCCGAUCUCGUCACAUAUCGAUGUUUGGUCAUGGACUUUCCACGUCCACAUACGACGUCCAAGAUAAACUAUACAAUUCUGAAUAGCAAACUUUCCUUUUGGCAAACAUAUCAAUACAGAUAUAUCAGUGAUUGGCUGAUAUGCAGUCAAACUGUCCGUCAUGAUAUUUUCCUCUUUAAAUGACAAAAUGUUGAUGCCAGUCAUGUCUGUCUAGUGAUAAAUAUAAGUUACUGACUCUACAAUAAUUAACUGAAAACGUUGUUUGAAUUACUGAAAGUAAUUAUUUAAUCUGUAGCAUUCGGGAUCUUCUCUGUUUUAGUGUAAUUUUUAUGCAAACUUUGACAAAAUCAACUUUUUUUUUAUUACUUUUGCCUCGGAUGAGUUGAUUAUUGUAAAAAAGGGUCGGCACAAUGAGCCACAGUUUCAGUCUACAACUGUUGGUCUGUAAAAAUUACUAAUGAUAAGUCGUAUUGUUUCAUUCUUCACUGUUUUGUUGGAUCUAAUUUACUUUGUAGCUGUUUCUGUCACGGCUUAGGCUGUGACCCCUGUAGUUUUCCUGUGCUCUCCCUGUUUGUGUGUGUGUUGUGGGUGUUGUGGGCAUGGCAUCAUCAUCAGGCACCUGGUGGACCUUAACAGCUGUGUGCGAUUGCCUCAUCUACUCUCAGCUCAAGAAGCCAGCUCUCCAGCCAUGCAGCGCCAGAUUGUUCUGCCAGAAUUCCAGUGCCGCCAUCUCCACAGCCAGCCAUCUACAAACACAGCUGUCACUCAUUCCUCCACUCGUCUACCCAGCUCGUCUGCCUGCCUGUCCCCUGCCAUCUCCGGCCUUGUUUUUCCUAAUAAAUCCCCUUAUUUUGUGCAACUAC